AUGGAUCCAUUGGGUGAUGAUAUGAAACAAUUGGUCAACACUUAUAUGACAACAAAUAACAAAUUUAUUCAAGAUUUACAAAUAUUGACAAACACUUUGCAUAAUAAUGACAAUCAAUUGGUGUUUGCAUUCAGUCAUCAGUUAGACAUCAAUUAUCUCCUCAAGUCUUCACAACAAUCUUUGGAUCUUUUCGGUCAAUAUUUGUCUGAAAAUUUUGAUGAAUUUUGGCAUUUGUUUUACAAACGUCUUAAGCGUCGAAUUGGAUCCCAAGUAUUGGGCAGACGUAAGAUAUGGUUGUGUCUGAAAUUGAAGAAUUUGCCGCAAAGAUUUCACGUCAAAAAAUACGAAGAUUUGAUGACUUUUCCGUUUCAAGUUUUGUCUCUCGAAAGUCUUCAAAUCGUGUCAAUUAGUGAACCGUUGAAGACAGUGAUAGCUACUAAAGUGGUGGCCACUGAUGAACGCAAUUGCGACGAACCGAUUAAAUGGAUUGUCAGACAAUUUAAUGAAACAAAUGAAAAGUUUGAAAAUCAUAGCGAAAGAUAUGUUGAGUCGAUAGGCGACAGAAUAUAUGCCAUUAAAAGGCAAUUUAAGGCUAGAGUUGGAACUAAUGGUGACAGUUGUCUGAAUCCCAUAGAAAUAACUGCCAAUUAUUAUGCAUUCACUUUACCAGAGAUUCACUGUCUUUAUAAUGGAUCUCAUUUGCAAAUACCUGUACUUUUGAAGUCUAAGUCUUCUUCUGGCUAUUUCUUACUAUCUUUUGAUAAGUUUUGUUUCCCAACUGAACAUAAGUUUGGUCUUAACAAUGAAUUUAAGCAAUUUCUCACUCAAUUUCCACAACAAAUCCAACUUUUAUAUGAAGAUCGACAGCAAUCCAACUAUAGUUUUGCGUUAACACUUGCUUUCAUAUUUGCCGACAAUAUAUCACUAAUCGGUUCAUUUUUUCGCCUAAAAUUGGGAUUAUUAUUGAAUCUGUUGUCUCUUAAUGAUUAUUCUAAGAGAAAUUUGUCAUCAGUUCUGGUCAUAUGCAACGACACAUUAAUUAUAAGACGUUUACUCGAGUGGUCGUCUCUAUUCUGUAGACACCAAUUCAUUCAGUCGUUGACAUCAAUGUCAAUGACAGGUAUGUCCCGCACCGGAACAAGUAUUGAAUGGACUGAUUCAGGAACUCUUCAAUUGGGUGCCGAUGGUGUUACGGUUAUUAGCAGUUGCAUUGGACUCAAUGAAUUGCCCGACAAAGCGAAGAUUUCUCUUCUUCAAGCACUUGAAACCAAUGUUAUGGUUGCACGCAAUAGUCAACCAUCGGUCGGACUCGAAGAACUUGAUUUAAAAUCGACAGUUUGGGCCACAAUUGAGAAUAACAUUGAGGAGAGAGAAGUUCAACAAACGCCAAGAACUUUAUACAAAACUCAAAAAAUACUUUGGACUGAAGUCUUUGCAAUGGUUUAUGUCAUCGAAUCAUUGGAUACCGAGUAUUCAUAUCAACCAAACAAUGAAUUCAUUAUCGAUCGCUUUCAAUGGCAACAGACGCUUAACUUAAUGGCAUCAAUUAAGACACAAAUGGGUAAGACUGCCAACGAUUAUCUUCAAAGGUAUUUUGUAGCGAAUCGUCAAAUUCGUGGACCAGUUAUGAAAAAGAUAUCAAUGGAAGCAUUAAUUUGUUUGAGUAAAGCAUCCGCUAAACUGUCUUUUCGUCAAACAGUCACCAAAUUUGAUGCAUUAAUAGCUAUUCUUCUUUACGAAGAAAGUUUGUCCGCGAGAUUCCCUAAUAAUAGGUCUCAACUCGGAGUUGAACCCAUAUUUCACGUUCAAUCAGAAGAUAUGGAACUGGCUAUCGGUCCAAAUUGCGACACAUUUAUGACUGCAUUUGAAGAAAGGUUUUUGCAAUUUACUGCUAAAUUUGCGCCAAAAGAAGAACCAUCACAAAGAGAUCCAUUUGGUGAUAGUGUCGUCAAAGAUGAGUUAAAUUUUGUUAACGAGGAAUAA